CUUGCGGGUCUUCGUUCCUGAAUUCUAGGUUUAGGGUUUUUCUCUCAAACUCUCACACCUCUGGGACCCUAAAUUUCUAGGGUUGGGGUCAGGGCUUUGUGUUCAGUCUUCGGAUUCGAAUCGUUAAACCCUAGGAAAAUGGCUUCAUCGACGGCUCAGAUUCACGGUCUUGGAACUACUGGGUUCGCCUCAUCGUCAGCGAAGCCAAAGCGUACAUCAUCUAGAACGGUGUUCUUUGGGCAGAGAUUGAGCCCUAGUACAGCGUCUUUUGGUCUACCGAAGACCGCGUUCUUGAAGCUGAAAAGGAACUCGAGACGAGACUACUCGACGGGACCUGUUCGUGUGGUAAAUGAGAAAGUGGUGGGAAUUGAUCUUGGCACCACGAACUCGGCGGUGGCGGCUAUGGAGGGAGGGAAGCCGACGAUAGUGACGAAUGCCGAGGGGCAGCGAACAACGCCGUCGGUGGUGGCUUACACCAAGAACGGCGAUAGGCUUGUUGGUCAGAUUGCUAAAAGGCAGGCCGUGGUUAAUCCCGAGAACACCUUCUUCUCCGUGAAGCGAUUCAUUGGGAGGAAAAUGUCGGAGGUCGAUGAAGAAUCCAAGCAGGUGUCGUAUCGGGUGGUAAGAGAUGAAAAUGGGAAUGUCAAACUCGAGUGCCCAGCGAUCGGGAAGCAGUUCGCGGCCGAAGAAAUUUCGGCCCAGGUACUAAGAAAGCUUGUUGAUGAUGCCUCAAAGUUUCUGAAUGAUAAAGUCACAAAAGCUGUGGUCACAGUGCCUGCGUACUUCAAUGACUCCCAGAGGACAGCAACAAAGGAUGCUGGUCGCAUUGCUGGAUUAGAAGUUCUUAGGAUCAUCAAUGAACCUACUGCUGCUUCACUGGCAUAUGGGUUUGAAAAGAAAAACAAUGAAACCAUUCUGGUAUUUGACCUUGGGGGUGGUACUUUUGAUGUCUCAGUUCUCGAGGUUGGCGACGGAGUGUUCGAGGUGCUUUCCACUUCAGGAGAUACACAUUUGGGUGGUGACGACUUUGACAAGAGAGUUGUGGAUUGGUUGGCUGCAAGUUUUAAGAAAGAUGAGGGUAUAGAUCUUCUCAAGGACAAACAAGCUCUUCAGCGUCUAACAGAGACAGCUGAGAAGGCAAAAAUGGAGCUAUCAUCCUUGACACAGACAAAUAUUAGCUUGCCGUUCAUUACUGCCACUGCAGAUGGACCCAAACACAUCGAGACUACCCUUACAAGGGCCAAAUUUGAGGAAUUAUGUUCUGACUUACUUGAUAGGCUUAAAACACCAGUUGAAAAUUCUUUGAGGGAUGCAAAACUGUCCUUCAAAGAUCUUGAUGAGGUGAUCCUUGUUGGUGGAUCAACACGUAUCCCUGCUGUCCAGGAGCUUGUAAAGAAACUGACAGGAAAGGACCCCAAUGUCACAGUCAAUCCGGAUGAAGUUGUCGCCCUAGGGGCUGCUGUGCAGGCUGGUGUUUUGGCUGGAGAUGUCAGUGACAUUGUGCUCUUGGAUGUGUCACCAUUGUCUCUGGGUCUAGAGACAUUGGGUGGUGUAAUGACAAAAAUCAUCCCAAGAAACACAACAUUGCCCACCUCCAAAUCAGAGGUGUUCUCAACAGCAGCAGAUGGACAGACAAGUGUUGAGAUCAAUGUACUUCAAGGUGAGAGAGAGUUUGUAAGAGACAAUAAGUCUCUAGGCAGCUUCCGACUGGAUGGUAUCCCUCCUGCACCGCGGGGAGUUCCUCAGAUUGAAGUCAAAUUUGACAUUGAUGCCAACGGCAUUCUUUCUGUCACUGCUAUUGACAAAGGCACAGGGAAGAAACAAGACAUCACCAUUACAGGUGCUAGCACCUUGCCCACUGAUGAGGUGGAGAGGAUGGUUAGCGAAGCAGAGAGGUUUGCAAAGGAGGACAAGGAGAAGAGAGAUGCCAUAGAUACAAAGAAUCAAGCUGAUUCUGUGGUCUACCAGACAGAAAAACAGCUGAAGGAGCUGGGAGAUAAGGUUCCUGCCCAAGUUAAAGAGAAGGUUGAGGCAAAACUUGGGGAGCUGAAGGAUGCAAUCUCAGGAGGGUCUACCCAGGUCAUGAAGGAUGCCAUGGCUGCCCUGAACCAGGAAGUUAUGCAGCUGGGUCAGUCCCUUUAUAACCAGCCAGAUGCUCCUGGUGCCGGACCUGCACCUGGAAGUGAGGCUGGGCCAUCAGAGUCAUCAGGAAAGGGACCGGAUGGUGAUGUGAUUGAUGCAGAUUUCACUGACAGCAAGUGAGUUAUAAAGGGAAAGCAAAAUUGUUAUUGAUCUCACAAACUUUUUUUUCCUUUUUUAUUGGAAAUGUGCAUAAGAAAUGAUUUGUUGGGGACUCGAUUUAGUGUUGGGGCUACAUUUCCUGUCAUUUUUGUUCUGUGGGUUAUGAGAAAGUUAUUUUAUUAGAAAAAGAGAGGAUUAAACUGUCUUAAAGAUGCCCACGAUAGUGAAAUCUUUGGGUGGUCAACCCGUGCGCUCUGUUUGAACCAUAAUGCUAGAAUGAUUGAAUGGGGUUUCCCAUGAGAAUAUGCAUUUUCAUUUUUCCAUUUA